GUCAUAACAGGCAUAUGACAUUCUGAUUACUGCUUACUAGCCAUUGAUAUUGUUUCAUUAAGAAGUGCAGGGUUCAUGGAGCUGAUGACAGCUACUUGAAGUUGACUUUAAUAUUUCCUAAAACCUGAUACCCAUACAAACUCUUCAUGAACGAAUUCAGUACAUCUGUGCUGCAGUUUACUCAUCUUGAUCAAAGUAAGGGAAGCAAAAAUAUUGGAGUAUUUUUGCCUGCAGAGGAAGUGAAGCUCAAGCGGACCAGAGUCCCUAAGCAGCCACCAAUGAUGUCGGAUGGUGUCUCACCUACAUUGCCCAAAUGUAAUAAAGGGCCCAAACGUCCUCGCAGUGUUGUGUGGUACUAUUUUGAUAAAAUUCUGCAUGAACCUCAGAGAGCUAGGUGUAAAAUCUGUGGUGCUACUUGCCACCACGCCAAUAACACAUCAAAUCUUUUCAAACAUCUUCGAGUUAAGCACCCAUCAACAUAUAAAGAAGCAGAAAGUCAAAGAGAAGCAGAAAUGGAAUUGUAUCUGGAGCUGAAAGCCAAAUCUGGCAAGCCAUUUAUCCGCCCUGGCAUAAGGGGCAGGCGACCGAAGUCCCUCACCGCAAUUACUGCCCCAAUAGUUAAAGCUGAAGAAAGUGUUAUGAUGAACACCAGUGCUAGGGAAACUGUUGUAGUAAGAAAAUCUUAUGGGGCAGAGAAAGUUAAACAGACCAUGACAAGAGCAUUGUUAAAAAUGAUCACAGUUGAUCUACAUACUGCAUCUAUUGUCAAUGGGAAAGGCUUCCGAGAGUUUGUCCGUUCACUGGACGCUCGCUAUGAAAUCCCUAGUAAAAAGAACAUAGUAAAAAAUCUCCUUCCUGAACUAGCCGAGGAAACUAAGCACAAGAUUAAGCUUGAUGUUGUCAUAGCAUCUUACUUUGCUUUAACUGUAGAAACUUGGACAUAUCGUGAGUCACAAAUCUUUAUGACACUCUCUGCACAUUUUAUCAAGGACUCGUGGGAGAUGUCUAGCAUAGUGCUGGAAACCUUCGACUGUACAGAGGAUAAGACAGGUAAGGAAUAUUCCUUAUUAAUUUUUCAUAUUUUGUGUCAUACAUAUUUUUUUAAUGUUAAGCUUGUCAUGUUAGUAAGGACAUUGGAAGAAAAAUUUCAUUGCAAUAAUUUAAAAUGUAAAUUGUUGUUGGAAUUUUUUUUAAAUACAUUUUUGCUGUUUUAGUCAUUUCAGUAUUGGAAAAAUUAUUUGCUCUGUAAAUUUAUUAGAAUAUUUUAUAAUUUAAGCAAUUACCUGCAUGUUAAAGUGUUGUUUUUUUUUUGUUUGAUUGAGAAAAAAAAAAUGCUUUCCUUCUUUUCUUUUUAAAAUAAUUUUUCUUGUGAUCCUUUUUUUCUCACAGAAACUAACGUAGCUACCAGUUUCAAGAGAAUCACAGAUGAGUGGGGUAUCACUGACAGGGUGAUAGCCCUAGUUGCUGACAACUCAGAGGAUGUUAUUCACAGUGCGAGCUUGGUGAAUGGAUGGGAGGAACUCAUCUGCUUUGGGCACACCAUAAACCAGGUGAUCAGCCAUGCAUUGACAUCGGUGGCAGAGCUUGUGAGAAUCCAGAAAAAGACCAGUGACGCAGUGGCAUACUUUGAGAAAAGUAUCAAAGCCUCGGACACGCUUGCCGCAGUGCAACAGCAGCACAGCCUGCCGGUUCACAAACUCAAGCAAGAGAACCCGCGUUUCUGGACCUCCACAUAUGCCAUGUUUGAACGAAUGGUUGAGCAAUAUGAGGCUGUCAACACAGUUCUGUGCUUCCUAGGAAAAGACCAUAUGUGCUUAUGUGAUGAUGAAGUGGAGCUGAUCAGGAGUGUUGUUGAGGUGCUCAAACCGUUUGAGGCUGCUACCAAAGAGCUUUGUACUGAACAAUAUACUUACAUGUCUAAAGUUAUACCCAUAGCCACACUGCUGCAGCAGGUCACAUCUGUGGGAAUGGCCACACUCCCAGGGCCGCAGUCGGCUUUAAAAAAUGCCCUCAUCUCACAGAUGCAACAGCAUUUCACCAGUGUUGAAAACAAUUACAAGCUGGCCGUUUCCACAUUGCUUGACCCCCGCUUCAAGCGCCAUGCUUUCACUGAUGCCACAGCUUUAGAGCUGUCUCAUCAGCGCCUGCUUAGUGAACUUGCCACGGUUGUGCAAAUUUCAGACACUCCAUCACUCCCUAGUGACCCUUCUUAUGCAAAUGAUACUGCAGGCUCAUUUUGGAACAUGUUUGACCGCAAAGUUUCAGAGGCUGGGGCCAUGAAGACAUCGGCAUCAGAAGCUGAGAACGAGACCCGUCGCUACUUUAAAGAAGCUAAUAUUCCCCGUAAUGCAAAUCCACUGAAUUGGUGGAAACUGAAUGAGGUUCAGUUUCCCCAUCUGAAGGUUUUGGCCCAGAAAUAUUUAUGUAUUCCUGCCACGUCAGCCCCAUCAAAUCGACUCUUUUCAAAAGAAGGUGAUUUAACUGCUUUCAAGCGAGAGCAAAUAAAACCAGGGAAUCUUCACACAGUGUUGUUUUUGAACAAAAAUUUAGCCUAAAAAUCUCAAUUUUAAAAAUAUAUUUUCUGACCUUUUAUUUUUUUAAUUGAUUUUCAAAUAUCCCAAAAAUGUAUAAUGCUUGGUGAAGUUAGAUUCUUUUUGUACUGCUUUUUAUUCUUUCCUUCUUCUCUGGCCUAUUAUGUUCUAAUUAGUGCAUAUGGCCACUCCAUUUAUCACUGUUCUGAGCUUUCCUUUCUAGCUCAUUCCACUACUUGCCAUUUUUCUCACUCUCAGGCUAAGUAAUUUUUCAAAUGUUCCGUGGUCUUCCUCUUUUUUUUUUUAUUGCCCUGCGGAUUCCAUGACAGGACUGUCGAGUAACAAUUUUUUAUUUAGGUUUUCAAAAGCAUCUUCAUUUUCUCCGCCUGGUUCUCCAGCUCUUUAUGUACUAUUGUAAAAAAAAAUGUAAAGAUAAAUGACGCUUUCUUUAUGUUAUAAAAUUCAGUUGUGUAUAUUUAGGUAUAUUAAUUUUUAUUUUUUAUAUAGUCAGUAAUUAGUAUUUAUGAAUUUUAAAAAAAAUUCCAGUUGGGUUUCAUUCAGGAUUUUUUUGUAUUCUUCAAUUUGCUUUUGUCUUUAAAAUUUUGUUUUCAAUGGAAUCUUUUGUGUGUCUUUAUUUCAUUGUUUAAUUGAACAAUUUUUAAUCUGCAUUAUUGUUUUAAAAAAGGACGUACAUUUUAAAAACCAAAAGUCAGCAUUUGUGAACAUUUGAGAAAAUUGUUCCAUAAUAUUUUCCAUUGGAUUUGAUAUGGACAUCUGCCUUUUUUGUCCUUUGUUAAGAUUGACUAACAUUUCAUGUAGAUGAUACAUGAGAUAUUAUUACACUCACAUGUACAUAGAUAAUUAUGAAACCUUAUGUAAUGAUGAUAAGAAAAGUUACAGUGUGCAGAUUAUAUUUUGCUCCUUUGUGUGGUAUUCUUCCCAUGAAAUGUUACCACUACAAGUGGCCGAUCACCAGUAUUACAGUAUUUGUUAACACAGACCAAAAAUUUACGAUAUUUGAUUCUCGUGCAUGUAAGAGUGAGUGAGUGUCUGACACAGCUUCAUUAUUACCCCAUACCUUUCAGUCAUUCAUUGUCUCAUUUCACCUUCUUUACUAUGAUGAUAACGAUUCAUUAUUAUUAUUAUUUUGGUAAGAAAAUAUUGUGUGUAAAGACAUGUAGCCACAUUAUGUAAAAGUAAUAUUUUUGUUAUAUUAUCAAGAAUGUCCCUACUUAUGCACUGGUUAUUUUUAUUUGAUCUGGUAUCCAUUCUACAGCUUCACCUUGGCUGGUGUAAUUUGAAGAAGAAAAAAUGGCUAGAUAUUUUUAAAAAUAAAUUAUAUCUCUUUAUGAAGAAAUUCCAAGCAUAAUACAGUGAAACAAACAUGCUUUUAAAAAAAAUGAAGUUUAAAAAAAAAUUUAUGGUCAUUGAUUCAAAACAUUUAUAAAAGUACAAAAUGUCUAAAUAAUAGAUAUUGUUAAAGACUUGAAUAGUAGUAUAUUAAAGGUCCAAUACAGCCAACUAAUUGCUGAGAUGAUAUAUACUUGUUACCAUUCUGAAUAUAGUUUUUUUUUUUUUAACUUUAAUAUUUAGAGCAGCCCAAGACACUUACUGUUUCAAUUAAUUCACCUAUCCUAGUGGACAUUCCAAAAAGUAUAGUUUUGGCCUUGGUUCUAAAAAAUUUGUUUUUUGUAAAGCCACCAUCUUGACACUUUUAUUUUAUGUAGUUAAUGAUUUAAUGUUUAUUAAUAAUAAUAAUUAAUAGAAAAUAUCUCAUUAAUUUUUUAUUUGUUUUUACAUACAGCUUAGGUCAGGCAUUGUUGUGACCUGACAAAUUUAACAUUAUGAGCUUAGAGCUAGCCACCUGGAAAACUAGCUAUAAGAACUGUUAUUUUCUUUCUACUUUCUCUAUGAAAUGCAAACAGUUGAAGGCUGAACUAAAAGAUACAAAAGAAAAUUUUAACUAAAAAAAAAAACCAGUAGGGAUUCAGCAAAGAAAUAGGUUUAAUGUUAAAAAAUGUAUUUUAAGACAUUUUUAUAAUACCUGAUGAUUAUGAUUAAUGAC